UUUCGUUUCUCCUGAACAGAAAAUCAAAGACAACAGAAGGACUGAAAACCCCGAUCCAUCCAAGGUCCCUGUGGAGGUCUCUACUGAUCACCUGGACUUUUAAAGUGGACCACUGAGGAGAUUCAGAAUGAGUUCUCUGCUCUGCAGACUGCAGCGGCUGGAGUGUCGGUUCACUUGGGACCUGAAGCGGGACGACACGGACCUGGAGAACCUGAGCACUCGACUGCAGGAACACAUCGCCCUGCAGCUGGGACAGCAGGGGGCGCUGGCACGCUCCUACAGCUUCCUGGCCUACGUCAGGUACCUCCAAGGUCAACCAGACGAGGCGCUGUCACUCCUCAGCCAAUCAGAGGAGACGACCAGGAAGUGCUACGGUGAGGAGAGCGAGCGUCGGCUCGUGGUGACGUACGGAGACCUGGCGUGGCUGAAGUAUGAGACCGGAGCGAUCACGGAGAGUCAGAGAUACUGCAGCAUGGUGGAGGAGACUCUGAGGAAGUUUCCUACCGGCCCUCCUGCUGACCUCCAUCCGGAGGUUUACGGAGAAAAGGGGUGGAGCUACCUGAAGUUUUCCCGGUCCUAUUACCAGAAGGCUGUGGCGUGUUUCCAGAAAGCGUUGGCGCUCCAGCCUGAUGACAGCGAGUGGAAUGCCGGCUGUGCUAUCGCUCUGUACCGCAUGGAAUCGAGACCGACAUCGUCCCAGGAUGAAAAGUCCUCCCCGGCUGUCAAACAGCUCCGCCGCGCCCUGCAGAUCGACCCCAACAACGGCGUUCUGUCCUCCAUGCUCGCCCUGAAGCUCCUUAACUUCUACAAGCACCGAGAGGCCGAGGACCUGGUGGAGAGGGCGCUGAGGGCCGAGCCCGACAACCCUCACGUCAUGCGCUACGUCGCCAAAUAUCUACGCAUACGGAUCAGGGCGAACAGCUGUGGAAGUCUACAAAAAUCUCUCUAG